CCUCUAAAUCCAUUCCCCCAUCCACCACCUUCCUCCACCUCUCUCUCUCUCUCUCUUCCCCCCAUCCCACUUUACUCCCUUCACCACAGCUCCCUCUCUCCCUCCAUUUUCCUUGGGAGAAACCACCAGCAAAACGACACCGUUCCACAUGCUGUGAUAUGGCCAUAGCGGACCAGAGAUCACCAACCGAUAAUACUCCCAGCAACAACAACAGUAAAGUGUGGGGAUUCUUAAAGCUGCCGUUUUUAGGAGGAAGCAACACUAAUACGACACCCUCUUCUUCUACUACUAACACUCCUACUUCAACGAUGAUGAUGAUGCAGCAGCAACAGCAGCAGCAGCACCACCACCAUAAUCACCAGCCCAACUCCCUAAUCGAAGGAUCCAAUCCUCCUCUUGCUUCCAAUUCUGUCUCUUCUGUUGCUAGAUCGCUGUUGCCGACACGUCGUCGUCUUAAACUCGAUCCUUCUUCCAAGCUUUACUUUCCUUAUGAACCUGGCAAGCAGGUUCGCAGUGCCAUCAGGAUUAAAAACACUUGCAAGUCACAUGUAGCUUUUAAGUUUCAAACAACUGCACCGAAAAGCUGUUUCAUGCGUCCUCCAGGGGCUAUUCUUGCACCUGGGGAAAGUAUCAUAGCUACAGUCUUCAAGUUUAUUGAACUCCCAGAAAUUAACGAGAAACCAAUGGAGCAGAAGAGCAGGGUUAAAUUUAAAAUCAUGAGCCUGAAGGUGAAAGGGGUCAUGGACUAUGUACCUGAGCUGUUUGAUGAGCAGAAAGAUCAAGUAGCAGUAGAGCAAAUAUUGCGGGUUUUUUUUCUAAAUCCAGAGCGUCCUGGUCCUGCUUUGGAAAAGUUGAAGCGCCAGUUGGCUGAUGCUGAUGCAGCUCUUGAGGCACGCAAGAAACCUCCAGAAGAUGCAGGUCCGAGGAUUAUUGGUGAAGGACUAGUGAUAGAUGAAUGGAAAGAGCGAAGGGAAAGAUACCUUGCUCGGCAGCAGGUUGAAGGAGUAGACUCGGUAUAGAGGGGCAGUUGUCUUCAAGGUGCCUUUGUAUGAUGAAUGGAUACAAUCCACCAUUCAGUAAAGUCCUUCAACCUUUUCAUGUAAUGCAAAGGUUAUUUUGUGUUCUGUGAAUCAUGUAGGAAACUUCAGCAUGGUGUGUAAAAAGGAAAAAAAUGUGAGAUGAAUUCUGUGAUUUGAGGAAUUGAAACUUUUUCGUUCAACAGCGUCCUGUAGAUAAUUGUGAUUUUGUUAUCCCAUUUCAGAAAUAAACUGAUCUUUACUCAAA